AUGAAUGAUGUUUUGUUUUCCUCGCAGACAUACAACCAAGGUAUUGAACUAGCCUGCCAAAAGGAAAAGGAAUUUGUGAAGCACUCUGUGGAAUGCACCUGGAAUCUAGCAGAAGCCCAGCAAAAACUCGGCAGUUUAGUACUGCAUAGUUCAGAGUCUGUGGACCAGGAAUUUGCCCAAGCAAAGACUGAAGUUUCAGAGUUGAGAUGGAGAGAGGAAGAGUGGAGAAGAAAAGAAGAAGCACUAAACCAGCGGGAAGGACAAAAUCUAUGGAAUACAGAUCCUGUUAGCAAGGAGGUAUUUAAUAAGAGUUUUAUUAAUCAAAAAAGGAAAGAAAUAGAAGAUGAAGAAGCACCUGAAUCAUUUAUGCAGAAACAUGAACAAAAGAUUAAACACUUUGGUAUGCUGAGCAGAUGGGAUGAUAGUCAAAGAUUUUUAUCUGACCACCCAUAUCUUGUAUGUGAAGAAACAUCCAAAUAUCUCCUGUUAUGGUGUUUUCAUCUAGAAGCUGAACAGAAAAGAGCUCUGAUGGAACAAGUAGCACACCAAGCAGUUGUAAUGCAAUUUAUUAUAGAAAUUGCAAAAAGUUGUAAUGUAGAUCCAAGAGGCUGUUUUCGCCUUUUUUUCCAAAAAGCCAAAACAGGAGAAGGCUAUUUUCAAGCUUUCAAAAAUGAACUUGAAGCAUUCAAAACAAGAGUGAGAAUCUGGUCACAAUCACAUGGCUUUCAAAAUAUGUUACUACAGGAUCCUAGUGUCUGUUCUGGUUUUAUAGGAGAACUAACAUCUUUGUCACAGAAUGCUGGUAGUCUACAAGAGUCCAUAAAUACAAAUGUCUGCAGUUUAAACUCUGUGGUACAAAGAGAUGAGGAGGAAUCCAAAAUGAUGGACACAGUAUAGUACUAUUAAGACUGAGGCCAAGUACUUUUUUUU